CACUGACAUUUGACAGCUGCGAAUCCAUCGCAGCCAAGCAGAAGCGAUCCCCUCGGCAUCUCUUCAGUCGUGAGUGUGAAUCAAGUGAGUGCAGAUCGUAAUAAUCGCUCCAGGCGCGCAAAAAAGCCCAAAAAACCCCUUCGAUUCGCCAAUUCCAUAGCCAACCACUCGAAACAACAAUUCCGCCCGACAAUCCCUCAACUCACCCCCACAAUCCCCAUGCAAACGCCAUAAAAAAAAAUCUUGUGAGUAUCGCGUGUCCCGGGGUCAAUUGUCCCCCGAAGUCCAAAAGCAGCAGAAAAUUUCCGCGACAGUCAUCGAUUAAACCGCACAAAUAAAAUUAAAAACUGAACGAAGAAGUUGAAAGAGGUGUCGAUUACCCGUAAAAAUGGAUAAAGAAGAGGAUCAAAAGCAGUCCUCCCCGGUGCCGCCGAUAAAGCGUGACUCGGACUCGAUGGACGACUUCGAGCACGUAGAGGACGUCGUCUGCAGGGAGAAGCCCUCCCCGAGUGACGUGAAUCCCCAGUUGGUGGAGGUGUCGCGCGCCCCGACGAACCUCUUCGACAGGGAGACAAACGUAAGCCGUAACCUCCUGGACACGACAGUCCAGGACGACAGCAAAGAGGACAUCCUGAAGCCAGUGCCAGCGACGCCCCCUCCCUCAGCGGAUUUCGACAAGUUCAGUGAUCAGAUGUCCGGGGACCCCUUCACCUCGAACCUGCAGGAUCACCUCGGGAGGUUCGACCCGAAGAGGAUGACCUCGGAGUUCGUCGAGUCUGAGAGGAACUUCCAGGGGAGUCGCGAGGAGGAGGACAGGGAGGACAGAGAGUCACUGAACAGUGGAAACGACUUCUUCGGGAGGGGAUCCGACGAUGACUCCAGUGCCAAGUCGAUGAUCGAGAGGGAGAGGGGCUUCCAGGAGGACAAGGAUAUGUCGGUGAAGGAGUCGGUGCUUCCUGCCCCGGAGAAGGCACCGGUCAUGGACUUCCUGGGGGACGAGGGGAGCUGGGGGGCGGGGGCGGGGGCUGGGACUGCCCCCACGAAACCGCUGCCACCGGUGCCGAGGGAUGGCGGUGUCAGUGGCAAUGAAACUGGGGAUUCGGAGUUUGAGAGUGAGCCGGAGCCUUCCCCGGCGAAGGUCGCCAGUGCGCACGGGGGCAGCAGGCUCGGAGAGGAGAGGCAGGACCUCGAGGAAAUUGCCCCCAGGAAGAUCUUUGCGGACAUGGGGCUUGACGCAUGGUUUAACCCAGAAAGACUGAAUCCGAAAGUGGCAGCAUUAAUAUACUGGCGUCAGCCAGAAAAAACAGGAGCUGUAUUUGGCGCAAUACUGGGUGUCCUUCUGUCGCUGGCCUACUUCAGUCUGAUCAGCGUAUUCUCUUAUGUAGCCCUAUUGACCCUCACGGGAACCCUGGGUUUCCGCAUCUACAAGACCAUAAUGCAGGCCGUCCAGAAAACAUCGGACGGACAUCCAUUCAAAGACAUUCUGGAGGUAGACCUGACUCUACCCGCUGAAAAGGUACACGAAGUUGCUGAUGUAUUCGUUGCACAUGCCAAUGCUGCAGUCUCUGAACUACGCAGACUUUUCCUCAUUGAGGAUUUCAUUGAUUCACUGAAAUUCGGAGUUGGACUCUGGUGCUUGACUUAUGUUGGAUCCUGGUUUAAUGGAAUGACACUUAUCAUUAUUGGAGUGGUAGCGCUCUUCACACUUCCCAAAGUCUACGAGACGAACAAAGCGCAGAUUGACCAGAAUCUUGCAUUAGUGCAGGGCAAGAUCAACGAACUCACUGCUAAGGUUAAAGCAGCAAUUCCCCUCGGCAAGAAGGCAGAGCCUACCAAGGAGGAGUAAAACCCAUCCUCAAAGAGCAAAAAAAUGAAUAAAAAUAGAA